AUGUUCACUUUGAUUUUUCUCUUCUUGCUCCUGAACAUUCCACUUCUUGUGUCCAGUAUCACCCAUCCCAAGUGCUUUUGGAGAAUGAAGCAGAACAAUGACAAGGAUGGAGAUUUGUUGACAGGCUGUAUCUUCUUCCUUUUCAGAGUGCAGUGGCCUGUGGAGAAAGAUUAUUUCAACCACAUUCUGAAUACACUAACACCAACUGAAAACAAACACUUUCCAUUGGCCUUGGCUUUUUCCCUGGAUGAAGUCAAUAGGAACCCUGAUCUUUUGCCAAAUAUGUCAUUCGUAUUUGAAUUCUCUGAAAGUGGUUGUAAGACUCUGUCAGAAUUAUACAGUCUCAUGCCUUUAUUUGAAGAAAAGGAAGAUCUUCCCCCUAAUUAUAAUUGUAAUGAAGAGACUACGUGUAUAGUGAUGCUGACAGGACCAAUCUGGGAAACAUCUGCGAUGGUUGGGACAAGCCUGGACCCCUACAGAUCUCAAGAGGUCCUCCAGCUUACCUAUGGACCUUUCCAUACCAUCCUGAGUGAUCAUGAAAAAUUUCGCUAUCUGUAUCAGAUGGCCCCCAAGGACACAGCCCUACCCCUGGCCAUGGUUUCUUUGAUGCUUCACUUCAAUUGGAACUGGAUAGGACUGGCCAUCUUAGACAAUGAUCAGGGUACCCAAUUUCUAUCACAUUUGAGAAGAGAGAUGGAAAAAAAUAUAGUCUGCUUUGCCUUUGUGAGCAUGAUCCCAGUCAAGAUGGAUUUAUACAUGUCAAGAGCUGAAGUAUAUUAUAACCAAGUCAUGACAUCAUCCACAAAUGUUGUUAUCAUUUAUGGUGACACAGACAGUACUCUAGCUGUGUGCUUUAGAAUGUGGGAAUCUCUAGGUAUACAGAGAAUAUGGGUGACCACAUCACAGUGGGAUGUCACUACAAGUAAGAAAGACUUCACCUUUGACUCAUCCCAUGGGACACUAGCUUUUGCACACCACCAUUCUGAGAUUUCUGGUUUUAAAACUUUUGUCCAGACACUGAACCCUCUGAAAUGCUCAGAUGAAUACCUCACAAGGCUGGGAUGGAUGAACUUUAACUGUGAGGUCUCAGCUUCUAAGUGUGAGACACUGAAGAAUUGUUCAUCCAAUGCCUCAUUGCAAUGGCUAAUGGGACAGACUUUUGACAUGGCUUUUAGUGAUGACAGUUAUGACAUAUAUAAUGCUGUAUAUACUGUGGCCCAUGCUGUUCAUGAGAUGCUUCUUCAACAAGUGGAUGAUGGGAAAGGACACUAUGGUAACUGCUUGAAGUUGCACUCCUUUCUGAGGAAGACUCACUUCACUAAUCCUGUUGGAGAAAAAGUGAAUAUGAACCAGAGAGAAAAUCUACAGGCAGAGUAUGACAUUUUCCAGGUUUGGAAUUUCCCAAACGGAUUGGGACUUAAGGUGAAAAUAGGAGAAUUUAGUCCAUAUUUUCCACAUGGUCAACAGCUCCAUUUAUAUGAAGACGUGAUUGAGUGGACCACAGGAAGUAGACAGAUGCCACCCUCUGUGUGCAGUGCUGAUUGUGGUCCUGGACUGAGGAAAUUCUUGCAGGAGGGAAUUGCAGCCUGCUGUUUUGAUUGCAUCCCCUGCCCAGAAAAUGAAGUUUCUAAUGAGACAAGUGUUGUUCUGGGGGUCUUUGUUAAGCACCAUGACACUCCCAUUGUGAAGGCCAAUAAUCGUAAUCUUAGUUAUAUAUUGCUCAUCUCACUCAUGUUUUGUUUCUUGUGCUCCUUUCUUUUUAUUGGCCAACCCAACACAGCUACCUGUGUCCUGCAACAAACCACAUUUGGAGUUGUAUUCACUGUGGCUGUUUCCACUGUGUUGGCCAAAACAGUGACUGUGCUUUUGGCUUUCACAGUCACAGCCCCUGGAAGAAGGAUGAGGUUCUUCAUGAUUUCAAGGGCACCCAACUACAUCAUUGCCAUAUGUACUCUCAUCCAAAUUAUUCUUUGUGCAAUCUGGCUGCUAAUUUCUCCUCCCUUUAUUGACACUGAUUCACACUCUGAGCAUGGCCAAAUCAUCAUUGUGUGCAACAAGGGCUCAGUUACUGCAUUCUACUGUGUCUUGGGAUACCAUGGCUCCCUUGCCUUAGGGAGUUUCAUUGUGGCUUUCUUGGCCAGGAAUCUCCCUGACAAAUUCAAUGAAGCCAAGUUGCUGACCUUCAGCAUUUUGUUGUUCUGCAGUGUCUGGGUCACUUUUCUUCCUGUCUACCAUAGCACCAAGGGCAAGGUCAUGGUGGUAGUGGAGGUCUUCUCCAUUUUGUCCUCAAGUGCAGGUCUGCUGGGAUGCAUCUUUAUCCCCAAGUGCUACAUAAUUUUGUUAAGACCAGAGAGAAAUUCUCUUCAAAAGUUAAGGGAGAAAUCAUCUUACUGAAUACUCAUUUCAUAAAUUGUUACUGAAAACUGUAGUGAUGGUACCUGUUGUGAUAUAAAGCAGGAUGUAUGCAUUAGCCAGUGAUUAUCAUUGUUUCUUCUAAUGAUAAUGCCCCGAAAUAUCAUGUAUACUACUUUACUGUAUAUUGUGUUCUAUAAUCUUCCACUCAGACACAUAUUUUACAAGACGUGAUUCUUGGAUAUUAGUGCAUA